AUGGCAGGUAGUAAUGGUUUUGGGUUUUGUCUAGCCGCUGGAGUUCUAUGCUUUUUAAUUGCUUUCCUCACUUUGCCAAUUUUGGCGUUAAAACCAAGAAAAUUCGCUGUUCUUUACACUGUGGGUAGUUUAUUAAUAAUAUCAAGCUUUGCUUUAUUACAUGGACCAAUGACACAUCUUAAACAUAUUUUAUCCCGUGAGCGUCUUCCUUUCACCGUUGCUUACUUAGGAUCAUUAAUAGCAACAUUAUAUUUUGUGAUCGUAGUAACUAAAAAGCACGCUACUCACUCUGAUAUUUACUAUUAUACAAGUUAUAGCACUCAUAUG